AUGCCCAAAGCUGCUAGCCAUACGCCUCCUUGGCUCUGUCGGCCAUCCCCAGCUGCUUCGUUCUUUACACGAGACCCUUCAAAAAAGCAUGACAGCCGGAUACAAAAUGAAAAUGGAGAGUAUAUUGGUCCCCAAAGGACUUUGGCCCAUCGUGAUACUGAGGUGUUUGCGGUAGUGGACAAUCAGAUCAGGUGGGCAGAUUUGGCUACCUUGAAGGCGGAAUGGAGCCCAAAGCCAAAAUCUUCGCCCAAAAAAGGAAAAGCUUCUACAAAAAAGGGUAUAGAAGAGGAUGAAAAGACUGCUUCCUACAGAAUCUUGACAGUUCCCGUUUAUGGUCAAAUCAAACAACUGGUGAUCUCACCCAAUGGCGCUUUUAUGGCAAUCGUCACCGCGCAUACUGUACAUAUUGCCAUAUUACCCGAUCGCUCACACCUUUCCAGCACUGAAAGAACACCCCUUCGCCUCAAAACAUACCAACUAGGUCCGACCACGCACGUUAUUCCCGAGUCUCCGGUUGUCUCAGCAUUAUGGCAUCCUCUAGGGGUACACUCCAAUGUGGAAGCGUGUAUAGUGACCAUCACAGCCGAUGCUGCGGUUCGAGUGUGGGAGUUGGACCGCAACAAUCACUGGUCUUUUGAUCGACCAUCCCUAGCGAUUGAUCUUAAGAAGCUGGUUGAUGGAACGUCUUCGGAUGAGGAUUUCACUCCGCUAGGUUUUGGAAAGAAUAAAGGGUUCUCUGCGGAUUCAUUUGAUAUGGAGGUGGCAACUGCAUGUUUUGGUGGUACCGCCCAACCAGCAGAAGAUGCUUGGGCGCCAAUGACGCUAUGGGUUGCCAUGAGACCUGGGGAUUUGUACGCGUUGUGUCCAUUGCUUCCCUCGAAAUGGCGGGCUCUACCCGCGACUAUUCCGGCACUAUCUGCUACUAUCGUCCCGAAAUUGGCGGUAAUUGAGGAACAGUAUUCAGGUAUCGAAGGUGCGGACGAUGACCUUAUUGCUUGUCGACAGCAAUACGAAUGGCUGAAGGAGAUUGACGAUCAGAACUCUGCCAAUAUCUCAGAUGUGGACGGGGCUGAAAUUCUCAAGCGUCCUAGUAACCCAAGUGUGAUUCCUCGUUUGCAAGGCCCAUUUCAAUUCGACGCCGACGAGCAGUUUAACGAUCUUGAAAUAACCGAUUUCAUCAUCAUUCCUCCUCGACUGGAUACAGCAGCCUUGAUGACGGGCGAGGACGACGAGGGUAUUCUUGAAGAAAAUGCGGAGGAGGGUUUACCCUAUACGACUGUUUGUUUGUCGACUUCCAGUGGACGUGUUCACAUCUGUCUCGAACUUGACGGAGUUGAAGGCCAGUGGCUCCCCAAAGCUAAAGCGAAUACAUUCACAACUCCACUCUCGGAGCCGGCAGACCUGCUUCUUGUUGAGUCCUUGGAUACCGUGCGAGAGAACUUGCGUGAAGCUAAUUGUUGGCCAACAUUUACUCUGGAUACCGAUUCUCGAUACUCCUUUUACCUCACUACCUCCAAUAACGUGUCUUUUAUCUCACUGUCUUCAUGGGCUCAGAGACUGGAGGCCGAAAUACAAUCUGAGGAUACAGCAGGGUCUCAGUUCCGGCUUAACGUUCUUUGUGAUGGGAAUAUUGCCGCUCGUGAAGUACUCAUCCAGCUGAACGAGAAUGACCCCUCGUUAUCUGAAGAACCAAAGCAUCUCACCAAUGCCUUACUCCUCUCUGACUACGAUCUCGGCCAACUGCUUUUGACCUAUAGAGGCUCGACUCCGCAAGCUGUAGAAUUGGACGAGCAACAGAAUCCGGUCUUAGCCUCAUUCUCUGAGUCAUUGUGUGGAGAUUUUGACAGAUUAGCUACCCAAAAUCUCCAGCCACUUCAGCCACUUCACAAGCCGCGCCGGUCGCCGUACCAGGUACCCGCGAUAUUUUACGCAAAUGAGCCUUUGAAGUCGUUCGUCGAUGAACACGUCCCACACAGGCACAGGAGCACAUUACACGAACCCAUCAGGCUCUCCCCAUCUACACUUGACAUGAUCGCCGCAGCUCACCGCGUUCUUGCAGCACAUACUGGUUCACUCGAGAAAGCAGCAGCAGACCUAUUUCGUCGUUGCGAGCGUCUCCGAGGCGAAAUGCGAGAUCAGCUUGAAAGUAUCGCUAUAGUCGCUGAUCGCAUUAAGAAUGUUUCUAGUCAUAUCGGCGAAGACGGGCAACGACAAGAAGGAUCCCGAAGUGAGGAUGUGCUCAAUGAUAGACUUGAUGCAGCAAAACAGCGUCAAAAGCAACUUGCGCAGCGAUACUCAGAUAUACGGUCGAAAAUGUCGAAAUUGGGCGGUCGACCACUGAGUGAGAAGGAGAAAAGCUGGAUAGGAGAAGUUGACUUAUUAUCGACUGCUAUCGAGAAGAAAGUUACAGAUGAAGAACAAACAAUGAGAACACGUUUGGAAACGGCCAAAUCUCUAGCUGAAGAGCUACUUGCAGAAGUCAAAGAAAUAGCAAAAGCGCAACCACCAUCCACCUCCGAGGAUCACGCGAUUACCAUCAGUCCCUCUUCUCAGCCUAAGAUUCCGCAGAAACUUCAACGGGCAAAAGUAGUGGAUGCCAUGAAAAUGGUAGAAAGAGAAUCUGCGGUUAUCGACGCUAUCACCGAGAGACUCGAGCGGUUGAAUACAAGUUUCUCAUAG